AUGGGCUUCGACGGUGUUACUGUAUCUGAACAGGUGCGGACACUGAUCGAACACUACCAUGUCGGCUCGAUCCUGUUGACAGCCAAAAACCUCAAAUCUGCCGCCCAGACAACACAGCUCGUACUUGAUCUUCAGCAGAUAGCCCACGAUGCUGGACAUCCCGUGCCACUGCUUAUCGCCAUCGAUCAGGAGAACGGAGGUGUCAACAGCUUAUACGAUGAGGUCUACAUCCGCCAAUUUCCCAGUGCUAUGGGUAUGGCGGCGGCGGGGUCCAAGAAACUCGCAAAGGAUGUCGCGCGCGCUACAGCUCAGGAGCUGAGCUCAUGCGGCAUCAACUGGAUCCUAGGUCCUGUGCUGGACGUGCUGACCAACGCUAGGAAUCAGCCUCUGGGAGUGCGAUCUAUAGGCGACGAUCCCCAGGAAGUGUCAGCCUACGGCGUCGAAUGCAUGAAAGGAUAUCAGGAGGCUGGUCUGGCGACGUGUGGGAAGCACUUUCCAUCGUAUGGCAAUUUGGAGUUCUUCGGUCCCCCAACCGACGUUCCAACCAUCACCGAUUCCCUCGAAAGCCUCAGCCAGAGUGCCCUCGUCCCCUUUCGAAACGCAAUCGCAAGCGGCAUUGAUUCGAUGAUGGUUGGCGGCGUAGCAAUGUCAUCAUCAGGGGUCAACGUGAUGCACGCGUGUCUUUCGGAGCAAAUCGUGCGGGAGCUUCUGCGCAAUGAAAUGCAAUUUGAGGGCGUGGUAGUAAGCGAAUGCUUGGAGAUGGAGGCACUCAGCAGGAAUAUCGGUAUCAGUGGAGGCACAGUCAUGGCCUUCCAGGCUGGCUGCGACUUGAUCCUGACAUGUCGGUCGCUGUCGGUACAGGAAGAGGCUAUCAACGGACUGAAGGCCGGCCUCGACAAUGGCAUGAUCGAGCGCUUCCGCGUCCAGGAGUCGGUGCAACGUGUGCUUGCCAUGAAGAGCAUCUACACAUCAUGGGAAAGAGCAUUCGCCCCCCUUGGCAUAGACAACCUCAAUCGUCUGCAACCCCUCCACACCGGUCUAUCUACUGCCGCCUACAACAAAUCCAUCACGAUUGUUCGCGAUCAGAAACGAUACCUGCCACUGUCAAAACUUCUAAGGACUGAGGAAGAGCUGCUCCUCAUCACACCACUCGUGAAACCUCUACCAGCAUCUGCCAAUGCACUUCUCCAUCAUGAAUCCUCAGAGCUCCCUAUCACUGACCCCCACUUUUCCUGGGAUCCCAAUGCCUCAGUCAUGAGUGGCGAAAAGGUCUUUCGAGAACUUGGGCGAGCGCUAGCGAGGCAGAGGAAUGGCAAGGUUGCGCACACAUCAUACACAGCUAAUGGAAUCCGGCCAGUACACGAGACGCUAAUCAACCGCGCUGGUGCUGUUAUCGUCAUCACCGCAGAUGCUGGACGAAAUAAGUAUCAGCAUGCGUUUGCGAAGCAUGUUUCCAUGCUGUGCAAGCUCUCUACGGGCCUGAACGGUCAAAUGAAGGAGAAGCCCUGUAUUGUAAUCGCAGUGAGCUCCCCAUUCGACUUCGCGGCAGACACGUCCAUCGGAACCUACGUCUGCACUUAUGAUUUCACCGAGACCGCGCUCCAAGCUGCAGUCAGGGUCAUUUAUGGAGAGAUCGCAGGCACAGGGAUCUUGCCUGGCUCAUUUGGACACAAGCACCAAUCGAAACCCACACGCCAGCAAUGGCUCGUCGAAAACUUCAAAGAGGAUAGAGACGCUGCUGCACUGGACAACUUGCUGAAAGAAGCAGCAAAGGACGGCUCCGUUGCAGCUGGCCUUCUACAAGGAUCCAAUUCCAGUACGUUCCUUUUGCGCAGUGCGGCAGUCGACGAGUCGCAUUUCGUGGUGCGCAACAGCACUACAAAACAAUUGUUCGGAUUCUGCGCCACAUACUAUUCCAAAGCAGCCGCCGUGGGCUGUAUUGCCGCCAUCGUGGUCGACCCUAGUCGGCGGCGACUCUCAAUUGGUCACUCGCUCCACGACCGGGCUAUUCGGGCGCUGCUUCAGAACAAAGGAGUAAAGAAGUUCCAGCUUGGAAGUCGGCUACCUAAUGUCUUCCUCGGAAUCCCGAAAGCUGAUACAGCCGAGUACAGGGCUGCGAGGCAAUGGUUUGCCAAAUUAGGGUGGAAUGUUUCGCUUGCAAACACCGUUUAUACCUUGGUUAUUGAUAAUCUUGGGAGCUGGUCGCCACCUGAUGGUCUGGGCAAGUCACUGUCUUCUGCCGAUAUCAAGUAUGACCAGGUCUCCGGCGGCGAAUAUGCCAUACCUGUGAUGGAACACCUCAAAAGAUGCGCCAGAAGCGACCUCUUGGACGUUUACAAUAUGGCACUCGAGAACAAGGAGGCCAGCAGCAUCAUUCGGGCCAAAAGAGCGACCGACGGCGCCGUUAUGGGAACCGUUCUGAUGCUAAGGGCAGACUCGAAGUUUGCAAGCUUCGCUCCUGGUCUCCUAAAUAACAGCACCAAGGGCUGCAUAUCUGCUCCGGUAAUCUCUCCUGCGACCAACGACCGGUAUGCAAUGCUGCAAGGACUCGUAUUGCUUGGGGUACGGCAGCUAAAGAGACAAGGGGUCGCAACAAUUGUCUUGGACAGGGUGAGCCGUUGA